AUGAUCUUUACAUUUUUCAUUUUAACAAUUAUUUCCUUUACUGUUACUUGUCAAAAGUAUGGAUUUAAUGAGAAUUUGAACAAAAAACAAUUGAGAAAAAUUUCGUCAUCAGCUGAUUCAUCUUCCAAAAAUUCCGGAUGUCAGUGGUUUGGAACAGCUCCAUUUUGUUACCAGACAUGCCCUUCUGAUUAUGAUUUUAUUCGUCAACAUUCUGGUAGAUGUGCUGAUGGAACUGCAUGUAUUCCUGAUUCAAGUUUUGGAGAACCUUGUAUAAAACUGUUCUCGUAUCAAAUGACAAAGAAGUUUUGCUGCAAAAGCGAUCCAAUAGAUUGUUCGUGGUCUGGAAGAUGGAUGGGUUCUGAAGACGCUUUUAAUUUUUAUUGUCGAUUUGAUCCUGAUCAAGGAAAGUGUGGAAAAUUGGAAUGUUCAGUUAAUCAUCCACUGUUCAAAGCACAUAAUUCUUCACUCAUUGAAGGUGAUAAUUGUGACGAGCUUCGAAUGUGGAAUCUCCGUGGAAAAGCAUCAUGUGGAUAUAUAGCAUGGUUUGAAAGAGGCGAAUAUAGGAAUGGAUGGUACAAAACAUUUUGAAUUUAUAUAUGUUCUGUUAUAUUGUUAGUCAAUCAAAUUUCAUGAAUCACCAUGUUCACAACAACAAUUAUCUAUCAGUUUCACAUUUAUUAAAUUAAUUUAAUUGUCUUUCGAUUUACCAAUGAUUCCAAUUCUCAAUUAUCUCCAAAAUAAAAAAAAAAUACCA